CUCUGUGGACCUCCAAGGUAGCAGCUUAUCAAAGAUGAUAAGAAACCAAGUGGAACAUGAGGUCUCUGGCGUUGACGUCUGUGAAAAUGGAAUCUCUAUGGAGCACUUCCUGCAUCUGUCACUUUUACCCUCAGUGAUAAUUAUAGUGGUACUCUCAUCCCUCCAGAAAAGAACCAAGAGCAUAGCCAUCGACCAAAGACUGUCUUUCCUAAAGGGACGUUUUGCUAUUGUAGUGCCUUUGGAUACUAUAGGCAGCCUCAGUAACCGCUGGUCCUAUGGCUUCGCAUUUGGUGCAAUUUCGAGCAGCGUCCUGCUGCUCUUCUCUGAAAAUUACAUCCUCUUCAGCGUCCCGAACUGGGCCAAACCUAUACUGUACCUGAUUGGAGCUUUAGAAGUGGGCCUGGUGUACUACCCUUUCUUUGCCUGUUUGUCCACACCAUUCCGCCUGGUGGGAGCGGUUCUGGGAAUACUCUACUCUGUGACCUGGAUCAUCAUUACAGUCUGGGAUACAUUCACCUGUCCCGGUGGUAAGAUUUUGGGGAAACACCAGAAGAUCAUUGCCCAGUGGCCCUGCAUCCUCUCGCUCAUUUUCCUCUUGGGACGAUACCUUUACAUGCUGGUGAAGGCUGUUCGAAUACGUAUGCAGCUGGAAUCAGAGGAUCCUGAAGACCUGAAUGAACACCAAGUGCAGCAUGUUAAGAGAUUGCUGAGGAAAACACCAGAACUCAGACCGCUCAGCUGGUUCCAGAGGCGAGUGUAUGAGUGGGACCCUUACUUCAAGUUUCCCAACAGGAUCCUUGGCACUGCCAUAAUAUCCCUUAUAGGCCUAUAUACGCUGACACUGGCAGACUAUAGCAUCAGUGAUGUUGUGUUUGACAAAGCAGAGAUGUGGAAAAAUACAUUGAAAGAGGUGAGCACCGCCUGUAACCAGUCUGAAUCCCUGGGAGCUAUGAUACCAACGCUGGAAGAAUUAAUCGACGUCUCCAGGAAGUCCUGGCUGGCCACCACCAUCUUUGCUAGUCUCAACUCUGUUGCCUACACCUUACAUAUCUUGGUAUGUUACAGGAAACACUUGAAGAGACUGUGGAAAGGACAGAAGGGUUUUCUCCCUGAGAAGUUUCACAAGCCUCGCUCUGCUACCAGUGUUGCUUCCAUUGCAAGAUACUCUGGAUGGCAAAUAGCGUUUACACUGUGGGGCUACCUGAUUGUCCAUUUUGUCCACUUCCUCUUUGGUCUGCUGUUGGCCUAUUUGCUGAUUCUACCCAUAGUGCAUGGAAAGGUGGUGACCAUGCUCAGCAACCUGGGAACAAUAAUUCUGAGCAUCGCUCUGGUGAUCGGACUGGUGAUUGUCCAGAUAGUUCUGGUUCAGAUCUUCUUCCUUCAGGACAAAAUGUCUCCCACAGAUAAGGAGAAACCCCUGGCACUCAACAACAGGAAGGCAUUCCACUGCUUCAACUACUUCUUCUUCUUCUACAACGUGGUGAUGGGAUUCACCACCUGCAUAAUGAGGCUGCUGUCGAGCAUAGUGGUGGGAACGUGGCUUGUGUCCCGCAUAGACCGAACUAUAAUGCAGAGGGGAUAUGAAAGCGCAGAUGCUGGUUACAGCACAUGGAUUGGGAUGAUCUUUGCUGACCAUUAUCAUAACAACCCAGUCAUGGUUUGUUUCUGCCAGCUGCUGUUCUCCAACCCGCCAAAAAGUCACCUUACAUCCGCAUACUCCACAUUCAGCGACGCUAUGUCGGAAACCCCUGUUAAUAGCCGGGCCAGGAGGCGCUGGGCGUUGUUUUAUACCUUACUGAGGAACCCUCCUCUCAUCCUGCUCAGGAAGCACCACCUUUCUUCGUCAUUGUCACCAAUAUCCCCAUCUUCGCCGUCAGAGACUGAAGUGCGGGCUUGGGUCAUGGCAUCUCAAACACAGAACGGGCUAGCAGUGUCACUACCAGAGAUCACAGUCACACCAGCAGAGGACUGUUAAGGAAAACACUUCCCUAGAUUCUGGCCCAUCCAAAACAUAAGCUGGAGACCUAAAUGAAUGUCAGGGCCUUCAGGGGCAGCUAUAUAUGUUGCAGAGAGAACAAAAGCUGUGGUGUUUUCAGUGAGUCUGCUUUGAAGGCUGUCAAAAGUUUUGGCAAAGUCACUGCAUCUGAUAUUUGUCACUGAUAUUAACGUCUUCUAGGGCACCACUGACAUAUGGCUUACAGGGUAUAUUGUAGAAAAUGUGAUGACUUUUUGGGUCACCAGUCUAUCAACUCAGAGUAUUACAAAUACAAAUAACACACACACAAAAAAUCCUGGGUAAUUUACUUAUUUGGGUUUUAAUUUAGUUGAAUUGUGAGAACUAGUGCCACAGAUUAAAUGUAUGCAGCUUGAGGCUUGUUGUCUGGAAUAUGUAAGCUUAGAUUUGACUUGUGUGUAUAAGCUAAAGCAUCAGCUGUAAAUUUAAAUGUGAAUUCAAGUCAAAUUUAAUCCGCUACACAGCAUAUAAACACAGUCGAGGUGAAAUGGGAAGGUUAAUCACAAUGUCUCAUCUAUUCUGCACAUGGAUCUGCAGCUGGGUAUUUUUUGCUGAGUUUAUUUUGUUGGGAUGAUGUGAGCAGAGAAACUCCGCUUAUUCUGGAUUUGUCUGAUGGAAUAUAACUGGUUAUAAACACUUAUGCAUAGUAUGUUCUGAAUAAAUAUUUGCUUGUAAUAAAGGGUGAUUUGUCAUGCAGUUUGUAGAACAUGGCAAAUAAUUUUGUGCAGCUAAGCCUCUAUUUUUGUAUUUCAAAGUUGUAAAUAUUGCUUGCUCUAGAAAUAAAAGCAGUAAAAUUGACUUUUGUGAUGGCCUAA